ACUCUCAUCCAAAAACAACCUAUCAAAAUGUAUCUCUUCGGCGUGUUUUUGUUGUUACUUGGUACAAACGUCUGUCUUAUUGAAGGAAAUUUUGGAAACGCAGGAGAAGGAAACGAUUAUACUUAUGGAACCCAGGCGUCAACGGAUACUCUCAUCGCCAGUGAGGUCAUAUCAAGAAACAAAGCGCUUUUGCAAACGACGACGAAAACAUAUACACUAACUCAGGCAGGAACUGCAAAAACUAUUACCUACAUCAAAAUUACGGAUCUGAUGAGAAAAAGAGGAGCUACUGCUCAAAUUACAUCGGGUGGUGUGGGUGCCACAACAGUCACGAUCGUAUUUACUUCGGCACGAGGAGCUGGUAUUAGAUCCCAAGUGGUAAUAUAUGGUUCUUCAUAAGUUGCAUAACGCCAAUAAGAAAUUAAUUUAAAUAUUUCCGAACAAAUUGUGUUUAAGUUUAAUCUAAGAUAUGUUCAUUCAAAUUUUAUUUAUAAAACAAAUGUUAUAACUACAAAAAUCAUUAAGAUUUCUUUAUCAUUUUAAUGUCAACACAAAACAAUUGCUUUCAUGCAAUCAAGUAGACAAAAUAAAGUUUAAUUACUUUUAAAUUUACUUAAACAGAAA